AUGGCAGAGGAACGACAGAUCAAUGGCCCGCUCUCUGCCUCACCGACCACUGCAGCUACCGACUCGUUUUCUGUGGAUCCUACCGCUUCCCCCAACGUCACUGACAGCUCGUAUAUCCAUGAGGCGAAAUCUGAAGAGAACAAAGACUCAUCUAGACGAUCAGAGCGUAGAAGGGACUUUGGUCUGGUGCCAAUCCCAAAAAGCCUCAGAUACAACAGUGAGAAGCCAGCGCAUUUUGGACUAUUGAUGAACAUUGUCUUCGGACUCGCAAGCACAUUCGUCGUGGCAAACCUGUACUAUUGCCAGCCGCUACUGAUUCAAUUCUCCAUCUCGUUCGAUGUCAGUUAUGAUGAAGUAUCUAGAAUUCCUACGCUAGUUCAAGCCGGAUAUGCUACGGGUCUUUUGCUCAUCACACCGCUAGGCGACCUCGUUCGCCGACGCCCACUCCUUCUUCUCACCAUAAUCCUCGCCAUCGCCGUCACUAUCGGUCUUUCCAUCACACGAUCCCUUGCUGUUUUUGAAGCACUUUGCUACCUUGUCGGCGCCUUUUCCGUGGCCCCUCAAAUCCUGAUUCCUCUUGCAGCCGAUCUUGCUCCCCCAGAUCGUCGUGCGUCAUCCAUCUCUAUCGUCCUCUCCGGCCUCCUCUUCGGUGUCCUUAUCGCUCGCGUUAUUGCUGGCGUCAUUGCGCAAUUCGUCACAUGGCGUGUCGUCUAUUACUUGGCUAUCGGGGCACAGGUCGCGGUACUGAUAGCGUUGUGGGCGGUGUUGCCGGACUACCCUCCGAAAAAUAAAGGCAUCACCUAUAUUGGGAUCCUGCUUUCAAUGGCAAAGUUGGCGGUGACGGAGCCACAAUUGAUCCAAGCUUGUUUGAUCAGUCUAGCGUCCAGCGCUUGCUUCACGAACUUUUGGGUCACGCUCACGUUCCUCCUCGGUGGGCCUCCAUACCACUACUCUACACUUGUUAUUGGUUUGUUCGGCCUGGUUGGCAUGUUCGGGGUCAUGAUGAGUCCGCUCGUCGGUCGUACGAUCGACAAGCUGAUUCCGUGGUACGCAACGCUGUUCGCGACAGGUUGCUUGCUCGUUAUGCAAGGGGUUUACACGGCUGCUGCUGGACUCAAUAUUUCCGCUGUGAUCAUCGUGUGCUUGGGGAUCGAUGUAGGGAGGCAGAUGCAGCAAGUGUCGCUCACGACGGCAGUGUAUGGAAUAUCCGAAUUGAUGCGCGCUCGACUCAAUGCCGUGCUGAUUCUUUCGCUCUUCAUCGGUCAAGUCAUGGGCACGGCUGUUGGAACGAAGGUGUUCAUUGAACACGGGUGGCGGGCUUCAGCUGCAUUAUCUCUCGGCUGGACAGGUUGGCAGAUGAUCAUUCUCCUUCUGCGUGGGCCGCAUUGUCAGCGGUACACCUGGUUCGGCUAUCAAGGAGGAACAGAGUGGAGGAAGGACGUAGUGAUGGAGGGUGCACGACAGGCGGCAGAGGAAGAGGGAAGAAAGGAUACCGAGCAAGGGGAUGCGGAGAAAGGAGACGAGGGUCCUCGAUCGAGUAAUCUCAGCGAUGAGAAGAGAGUCACUCCAGAAACGGUAUGAUAAUACCUCCUCAGUGGUUUCCCCCGCGUGGAAGUGAAGGGCGGCUAGGCUUGCAUCUUUCUCUGCGCAUUCAUCCAUCUGCAUAUCAAACCGAGGGUCAAAGUUGAACUUUGUUCACGAGUCUCACUAUCUUGUUGUAUCUUCCUCCGCAGGCAGAACUUUGACUAGAAAAGCUC